AAAUAGAUAAAUAACAGCACUCGUAAGCCGAAAGCAGCAGAAGUGCGACCGUUAACGUUGUGACAACACAAAACUCUUUGAGCAGCAUGCCGCCCAAUUGGACGUGCUUCCUAGUAGGAGUUGCAUUAAUACUUUGCGGCCUACAAACGGUGUAUAGUGUACCUCCAACUGAGGCAAAAGUGGAAAAAAUCGGCUGCGUUAGUCCCACUUUGAUUAGGCGUCACAAUCUUAACCCCCAGCUUUACGGCAGUUGCGAAUAUGGGCAACGAAAUGCAACGCUGCCACUGCUUCAACGCUUGCGUCGCGAGAUCAAACCCAUAUUUCGAGGACACCCGAAACCGCGCGCCGAGGUACUGGCAAACAAGUUCCACAUGAAUGCUUUCGGCUCCGAUCAAACCGAUUCGCUGGUGCGUCUAAUUAAUAAAAUCGCCAUCGAGUAUCUGCACAAAUGUCCACCGGUCAUCUAUUAUGACAGUUUCGUAAAGAAAUCGGAGGGUAUGAUAUUGGAAAGUCUCUUUAAGACCUUUCCCAUCACCUUUUAUCAUGGCGAAAUCAACGAACAUUAUAAGCCUAUCAAUCCGAGGUUGAAACGACGCAUCGACAGCCAGUGUAAAAGUUAUAUACUCUUUCUCUCGGAUCCAGAGAUGACGCGCAAAAUUAUUGGACCACAAAUCGAAAGUCGUGUAGUGCUGGUGGCACGUUCAACACAGUGGAAGUUGAGAGAUUUCUUGUCCUCCGAAUCUUCUUCAAAUAUUGUUAAUUUAUUGGUUAUAGGCGAAUCACUGACCGAGACACCGUUGCGUGAGCGUCCUUACGUGCUCUACACACACAAACUAUAUACCGAUGGUUUGGGCUCUAACACGCCCUUGGUGCUGACCAGCUGGAUUGGCGGCGCACUUUCGCGUCCUCAUGUUAAUCUCUUUCCGCCGAAAUUUUCAAACGGUUUUGCCGGACACAGCUUCCAAGUGUCGGCUAUAAAUCAGCCACCUUUUAUAUUUCGCAUUCAAUCAUUAUCGAGGGGCGGCACUUCUCACACCGCUUGGGAUGGCUUGGAAUACCGUUUACUCAAUAUGAUUGCGGCGAAACUUAAUUUUACCAUUGACGUCAUAGAGCCACCACGGCGACCGAAUGUAAAGAGCAUCAUUGACAAUAUAAUGUAUCAAGUCAGCACUAAAGCGGCCGACGUCGGCAUGUGUGGACUAUAUAUCACAGACGAACGCAUUACGGAAACCGACAUGUCCAUUGGGCAUUCACGUGAUUGCGCCAGUUUUAUUACGCUUGCGUCCAAAGCGUUACCAAAAUACCGUGCUAUUAUGGGCCCCUUUCAGUGGCCGGUGUGGGUUUGUAUUGUAGUGAUUUAUUUGGGCGCAAUAUUUCCGAUAGUGUACAGUGACCGUUUGACCUUGCGUCACUUGAUCGGUAAUUGGGGUGAAAUGGAGAACAUGUUCUGGUAUGUCUUCGGCAUGUUUACCAAUAGUCUCACCUUUUCGGGUAAAUACUCAUGGACCAGUACACAGAAGACAUCGACAAGGUUGCUUAUAGGGUCUUAUUGGUUGUUUACAAUUAUUAUAACGGCGUGUUAUACCGGCUCCAUCAUUGCGUUCGUAACACUGCCGGCUUUUCCAAAUACUGUGGAUUCCGUUAAUGAUUUGUUGGGUCUUUUCUUUCGCGUAGGAACGCUAAACAACGGCGGUUGGGAGACUUGGUUCCAGAACUCCACGCAUGUCCCAACAAUCAAAUUAUACAAGAAAAUGGAGUUUGUCUCCAACUUGGAAGAGGGCAUUGGCAAUGUAACGCAAAGUUUCUUCUGGAACUACGCAUUUUUAGGCUCUGCGGCACAACUGGAGUUCAUGGUACAGAAGAACUUCUCCGACGACAACAUUUCCCGUCGUUCGGCGCUGCACCUCAGCGAAGAAUGCUUCGCGCUAUUCCAAGUUGGGUUUCUCUUUCCGCGUGACUCAGUUUAUAAGCGCAAAAUCGAUUCAAUGAUCUUACUCGCACAGCAGAGUGGUCUUAUGAAUAAGAUACUCAACGAGGUCAAAUGGUCCAUGCAACGUUCGGCUAGUGGCAAACUGCUACAAGCGAGUUCGGCCAAUGCGCUGCGCGAACGUAUACAAGAGGAACGUCAGUUGACCACCGCCGACACGGAGGGCAUGUUUCUAUUGAUGGGCAUCGGCUAUCUGCUCGGCGCCAUCGCGUUGCUUUCCGAAAUCGUAGGCGGCAUAACCAACAAGUGUCGGCAAAUAGUGCGCCGCUCACGCAAGUCCAUUUCCAGUGCGUGGUCGUCCAAACGCAAUUCUGAAGACGAAGAAAGUUUGCGCACAGCCGCCGAACAGUUGGCACACGACCAGCGUAAGGAGGCCAAACGCAAAGCGGAGAAGCAAGGUUUCGGCGUGCGUGAGUUCAACCUCACAAAGAAGACGCUGCAGGAAUUGUACGGCAACUAUUACAAGCAGGAGCCGAAUUACGUUUUGAAAGAUGGUAAACUGUUGCUGGAAACCGAGGCACUAUCGGCCAGUUCCACCGAUUGCAACUCGCGUGGCUCCAGCGGCGAUGUGCCCGCCAACAGGUUAACACAUUUACAUAGCAAGAAAAAGGCGAUGCUGGUGGCCGAGAUAGAUGUAGAGCGGGAGCGUGAACGUAUGGCGGCAGCGGCGGAGGAGUCCUUAGCGGCGCUGGAUGCGUGUCUUAAAAUGCAGGAAGAUGCGAACAGCAGUGAGCGGAGUGAUGAUGACGAUGCAACAUAUGAGUAUGAGCUAUUUGGUAGUUUGGUGGAGCCCGAAGGACCGUUGAGCACAAAAUUGAAUGAACUCAAUCUCUUGACUGACGGCGCCGCUCUGCUGAAGGCGCUUGAAGACGAGUCAGUAGUGGUUGAGAAAAGUUAAAAACAGUUACACAAUAUUGAAAAAAUGGAAGUUUAUUUCAAUUAUGCGUGCACCGAUUUAUUGAUGGCAGUUACAUGUGAGAUACAUAUACAUAAUUAUUAUAGUUCGGCUUAAACUAAAAGUGCGCUUAUAAUUGUAUUGUUUUUUUUUGGCAUCUACGCUUUGUAUUUGUAUUUGGUGCUAAUUAUUAAUUAUCAAUAAAAAACAGUUACACAACAGUAAAUUCACAUAAAUAGCUUCAUUUUGGUACAAA